AAACUUUCACCGAUCAUCUGCAAACAGCUUUGUUGCAGUCUGGCCUUUGCACCUUCAGAAACAUAUACGAAUUUGGUGAGCUAGAGAGACACGAAGCAAUCAGACGUUCUAGAGUCUCAGUAAUUGUACUUUCUGAAAACUACGCUUUGUCCAAACGGUGUUUAGAUGAACUCGUGCUGAUUAUUGAAUGUAGAAGGAGAAUUGGGCAAUUCGUGUUGCCUGUAUUCUAUCACCUUGAUCCGUCGGAGUUUCUGAAGCAAAAAGGGGAAUUUAGAGAAGAAUUUGAUGGAUGGAGGCAUGAAUGGAGAUCCGCUCUUGGUGAAGUUGCAAACUUGGCGUCGGAGUAUGGGAUGAUUUUGCAUAAUUUUGCUGAAGGGUACGAGGCAAAGUUUAUUCAAAAGACUGUCAACGUGAUCGAAGACAAGCUCAGUCGACCAAUGGUGAGAGUUGCUCGCUACCCAAUUGGAAUAGAAUUCCGUUCCCGAAACAUUAGUUUGUGGCUACAACAAAAAUCAACCAAUGUUGAGUUGCUUGUUAUAUGUGGGAUGGGAGGAAUCGGAAAGACAACCAUAGCGAAAUUUGUUUAUAAUUUGAACUUCAAAAGAUUUGAAUGCAGCAGCUUUCUUGCAAACAUUAGGAAGACAUGUGAACAACCAAGUGGUUUAGUUCAGCUGCAAAAUCAACUUCUUUCAAAUGUUCUGAAGGGGGAAAGGCCAAAAGUAUGGAAUGUUGAUGAAGGUAUUACCAAGAUUAAAGAGUCAUUGUGCCAUAAGAGGAGUCUGCUUGUUUUGGAUGACGUGGAUGAAAUGUACCAAUUAGAUGCACUGAUUGGGAAGCGAGAGUUCCAUCCAGGAAGUAAAAUCAUUAUAACGACGAGGAAUAAGUGGUUCUUAAAAGGUGAUAAAGUACAUAAAGUGUAUACAGUUGAAAAAUUAGAUGACAAUGAAUCGCUGGAGCUCUUCAGUUGUCAUGCCUUUGGGAAAAAACAUCCGGUUGAAGGUUACGUGGAUCUGUCCAAACGUGUAGUACGCCAUUGUCUGGGGAUUCCCUUAGCCCUUCUAGUUUUAGGGUCUUCUUUGUCGGGAAGAAGUCCAGCUUUAUGGAGAAGUGCACUAGAAAAAUUGGAAGCAAUUCCUGAUGCACAAAUCAUACAGAAACUCAAAGUAAGUUAUGACUGUUUGCAAGACGACCAUGACAGAAACCUAUUCCUUCACAUUGCUUGUUUCUUUAUUGGGGAAGACAAAGACUGUGUUAGUAAAAUACUAGAUAAGUGCGACUUCUUCUCAACAGUUGGGAUCCAGAAUCUUGUUGAUAGAUGUCUUCUAAAUCUUGAACUCGGCACCAAGUUAAUGAUGCAUCAUUUAAUUCAAGAUAUGGCUAGAGAAAUUGUUCGGAAAGAAUCACCUACAAGGCCAGGGGAGCGCAGCAGACUGUGGCAUCAUGUAGACUCAUUCAGUGUGUUAAAGGAGAAAAGCGGUACGAAAAGAGUUCAAGGCCUCACACUCGACAUGCGUAUGGUCAAGAAGGAGAAAUCUGCACAAUCAACUUUCUAUGGUCAUGAUUCACGAAAGCGUCAACGUGAAACAUUUUCUGAUGAAUCAUUCCUGUCAUCAAGCCAUCAAACAUCAUUAAAACGACAGCAUCUUACCAUCUUCUCUUGGGAAUGGGUGCACAGUCAAUUAAAAUGCCCAAAUGAAAUGGAUUUGGAAACUGAUGCAUUUACAAAGCUGGACGACCUAAAAUUACUCAGGAUCAACUAUGUAAAACUCAAUGGAUGUUAUGACUACUUUCCUGAAAAUUUAAGAUGGUUGUGUUGGCAUGGGUUUCCUUCAACGUAUUUACCAGGUGACUUGCGAUUGGGAAAUUUAGUUUCUCUUGAUUUGUCUUAUAGCAACUUGGAGCAAGUUUGGAAGCGAACCAAGCUUCUUGGAUGUUUGAGGAUUCUUAACCUCAGUUAUUCACGAGGGCUUACAGAAACACCAGACUUCUCAGGACUGCCCAGUCUAGAGAAGUUGCUGCUCAAAGGUUGUGUUACAUUAGUUGAGAUUUGUGAAUCUAUUGCAAAGUCUGAGGAUCUUACGUUGCUUGAUCUAGAAGAUUGCAAGAAUCUAAUUAAUCUUCCCCGAACACUUUGGAAGCUCAGAUAUCUUGAGACACUAAUUAUUUCUGGUUGUUCAAGUCUUGGUGAAUUUCCUAUGGAUUUGAGGAAUAUGGAGUCACUGAAAGAGCUUCGAGCUGAUGGGAGUACCAUAAUAAACCCAUUAUUAACUGUAGCUAGGAAAAAGAAAUGGUGGCAUCCAUUUGUUUGGUCAAAACCUCCUAAAAAUCCUGAUGCAGUAUGGGCUUCUUUACCAGGCUCUUUGGUGAAGCUGCAUCUUGCAAACAGCAACCUUUCACAAGAUUCUUUUCCUAAGGAUUUCAGUAACCUGUCCUUGUUGAAGCAUUUAAAUUUAAGCAAAAAUCCAAUACGUGUUCUGCCAGAUGCUGUCAGAAGUCUUGGCAAGCUUGAGAUCCUAGACUUCACUUCAUGUCCACAGCUGCAAUUGCUUGUAGAUCUACCGAGUAGUUUAGAAGCCUUGUGGCUAGAUGACUGCAAAUCACUUGAAAGGGUUACUUCUCUCAAUGGGCUUGCCUUAUCUAACCUUGUAAAAGAAAAUUGCAGAAAGCUAGUCGAGGUAGAAGGCUAUUUCCGGUUGGAACCGAUUUCAAAAGUCAACCAAGAAAUAAUCAAUGACUUAGGCUUGAUAAAUGUGGGAUCAAUGGGAAAUCUUGAAUUAUACCUUGAUGAUGGGUUUUCCUAUUACAACGGGAAGCGCCCUAUCCAGGGUUUGUUUCAAUUUGGUAUAUUUAGCACGUUUAUCCCAAGUGGAGAGGUUCCCAGCUGGUUCGAGGAAAACAAAGUCAGGGAUUCAUCGGUAUCGUUUACCGUUCCACUAGAUGCUAGGUUAAAAUGUUUGAAUGUUUGUUGUGUAUAUGGGGAAACCGACAUUGAUGAAGUCUGGAGUCCUCAUCCAGCAUUUAUUAAAGUGGACAAUAAGACCAAAAAUCUUACAUGGAUAUAUUGUCCUGUAUUCUUUGGUCUUCCAGACCAUGAAGAAUUGGCAUGGUUAAGCCAAUGGAAUUUUGGAAACCAGUUGGAAUGUGGCAAUGAAGCCACUAUUUCUUUCAUCGUAGGAGAUGCUUUUCAGGUAAAGGAGUGUGGUGUAAAAGUUACGUCUUUUAAUCAACAAGAUGAUCAAGUUGAAAGGGAGGAUGAUGAAAUUGUUGGCAGAGAUUUGUUGGCAUUUGAAGAACCAGAUGAGGUUGUGGAUGGAGGAGAUCUACAAGGAUUUGAAGAACCAGAUGAGGUUGUGGAUGGAGGAGAUCUACAAGGAUUUGAAGAACCAGAUGAGGUUGUGGGUGGAGGAGAUCUACAAGCAUUUGAAGAAGCAGAUGAAGAGGUUGUGGGUGGAGGAGAUCUACAAGCAUUUGAAGAAGCAGAUGAAGAAGUUGUGGGUGGAGAUCUACAAGCAUUUGAAUUCAGCAAAGGGAGAUAUUUCCUCUUCCGAGAUCGUUUCAGACACAUAAUUGGAAUGGAUGACUGGACAUCCACACAGUGGUUUGGGAACUUAUUUGGGGACUCCUCGGAUGUCUUAGGUUUGUGGCUAAUAAGGUUUUGUUUAUUUUAUGAAAUGCAGUAUAUAACAAGCACUUGUUAUUCAUGUGUAGAUGCAUUAGGUGAGUCAUGGGAUGGAAAUUGACUCCAAAUGCAAAUGUUUCCUCUUCUUAUGGUAAUGGAUGCCUGGUUUCUACAACAUGUUUGAUAUUUUCCAGUUACCAAGCCUCCUUCAGCUUUGCUCUGGAUUCGAAAUCAUGGAUAACUUGAGGCAGGUAAUACUUGAUUUGCUAAAGACAUGCCUGACCUUCAACCUUAUCAGCUAAAUUCCAACAUUAAUUAUUGAUAAAAUUAACAAAGAAAAGAUUUAAUCCAACAUUGCCUUUCGGGGCCGUUUACCAACGCUUACCCGA